AUGCGAAAGUUAUUCCACGAGCUGGCGAAACCGGCGCGACACCGCCGCCGUGUGGAACACCUUUUGAUGAAGACGACCACGGGGAACAAUUUCAAUACCAACGAUAUGUUCUUGGGGGGGAAGAUGAUGGAACAACAGCAACAGCAACAACAACAAAUCCGUCACCACCACCCGGACCCGAGAGAUUUGAAAUACAUGACCAAAGGGUGGAAAGCUGCUCUGAAGGAAAAGACGAUUCCGGAAUCCGUGCACGAGGCGUCGGUGAAACGCGAGUUGAAACUCGGGUUACAAGGGUCGAGUUCGAUCAACGAUAAAACGAUUCCGACGUUUUCGAGAGGCGAGUUACCACACUUUGCCGGGAUUAACACGUUCAUGAAAGCACCGUAUUGCGAGGAUAUUUCGGAGGUUGGGAAGUACGACGCGGCGGUGGUUGGCGUGCCGUUCGACGGCGGGACGACGUAUAGGCCGGGGACGAGGUUCGGACCGCAAGGGAUUAGGAGGAUUAGCGCGUUGUAUACGCCGUAUAACUACGAGACUGGGGUGGAUUUAAGGGAGCAGAUGACUUUGUGCGAUGCUGGGGAUAUAUUUACCAUUCCGGCGAACAUCGAAAAGUCGUUCGAUCAGAUUUCCAACGGCGUUGGUUACAUCGCGAGUACGGGCGCCAUGCCGAUUAUUUUGGGUGGCGAUCAUAGCAUCGGGUUUCCAACCGUGAGAGGUAUUGCCGCGCAAACGACUAAAAACAUCGGGAUUAUUCACGUCGAUCGACACGCGGAUAUUCAAGAGUACGAUUUGGACGAGCGCAUGCACACCACGCCGUAUUUCCACGCCACAAACAUCCCAAACGUAAAGCCGGAAAAUUUAGUACAAAUCGGCAUCGGCGGUUGGCAAGUCCCGAGAGCCGCGGUUAAAGAAAUCAGAAACCGACGAACGAACGUGUUCACCAUGUCCGACGUGGAAGAUUUAGGCAUCGAAAAAGUUGUCGAAAUGGCCUUAGAACGCGCCUGGGACGGGUGCGACGCGGUGUAUUUAUCCUACGACAUCGAUUCCAUCGAAGCCGGUUUCGUCCCGGGCACCGGCUGGCCAGAACCAGGCGGAUUCUUACCAAGAGAGGCUUUAAAACUCGUCGGUUUAGUCGCCGCGGAAGGUUUGUGUGGCAUGGAAGUCGUCGAAGUCUCCCCUCCGUACGACGUUUCCGACAUCACCGCUUUGAUGGGGUUACGCAUUUGCGUCGACGCCAUGGGCGCCAUGGUCGCGCACGGGAAAAUGGGCAAACAUCGACACAUCAUCGAUAAAGAGUUUGUCCCGUUUUAA